AAAACAGAACAUGAUUUGCUUCCAAAUUCAGUGUGACUGCUGCUACCUCAUAAAUAUUUCAAAAUUUUGUCAGAAAUUUCCCGUUCAAAAAUAUUAUCACAUAAAAUCGAUCGAAUUAAAAUGGAAAGGAGUGGUGGCAACGGCAGAGAAGAAGAGGAACAAGACGGCAUGUCCGUACACUCUCCUUGCAAACCUCCCCCUUCCUCUGCUUCUUCUCUCCCGAAGGAGGAAUCACAGGUUGAAUUGGAGCUCAGGCUGUUGGAAGCUCUUGAAAUUUAUCCUCCCGGAAAAUUAAAAGGCAUACACCGCCAUUUCGUGCUUUAUGGUUUAAUGGAAUUUCUUCGAAGAAGCUUUGAUCGACACUUCUCCGCUGACGAGGUUCUGCAGUUGCUAGAGAGGUUCUAUAACUUGGAAAUGCUGAAACCAGACGACGAGGAGAUGGAUUUCCUGAAUCGCGAGGAAGAGUUUUGCCUGCCUCAAAAUUUCUUCGUCAAGGAAGAACCAUAACUGAUUAUUUUUUGUACAGAUUAAUAUUUCGUUCGAACGUAUUUUGUUGACUCUAAUGUUAUAGGAUGCCGGUCAUCCAGUACUUUUCCUUGACUAUACAAUUUCAGGGUGGUUUUUGCAAAUAUGUAAGAACUUAAUUCGAGAAAUCUUAAUUUGCAUUUGAGGGUUGAACCUCAGCAGGGGA